CAUCGAACAUUGAGAAUGCUGAAGUGGACAUAUUGUUAUCUUCUCAUUUUCUGUUGUAGUGGAAUUCUUGGCGAAGAAAUAAACAUCACCCUUGAAGGAAAAAAGGACAGGCAUCUUUUGUCUGAAUUCAAUGCCUUACCAACACACGAGAAGUUUGUGUCAUUUAAACUUAAGUCAUGCUAUGAAGGUGUAAUCUGGUUUUUGUCAAAAAGUGCAGGUUUUCAAAACGAUUACGUGUUUUAUAUGGCUUCUAUUGGAACUUCGUACAAUACGCUUUCAACAUUAGGUGGAUUUAAGGAUGGAGCAGUGAUUGAAUGGCAGAGGAUCAGCGACCCACAAGUGGACUGCAACAACUACAAACAGUUUUGGUUUAGUUGGGACGAUGGGUAUUUAAUGGUAGGAAAAGGAAGCAUUAAAAAUCAAAGUGUUCUGCUGAUCCAUCAACCAAAAUGUCCAUUUGACACAAAACAGAUUGGUAUCAGUGGUCACGACUCACUUACACACUGGAUUUUCAAUACAACAAACUCAAAUACAACAACUCCACAGGAACAGGAGAACAAGAAAGUUAUUACAAGAUACAGACUUACACUGAGCUGCCCAGCAAGUCAAGUUGUUCUGACUAUGGACACCAAAAGUACAAUUGAAUGCCUGAUAAUGUGUACAUGUGACAAACAGUGCGAGAGAGCAAUGUACAAAUCUGAUAUAUCACCUAACUGUGUACUUAUGACAGAUGAACCUGUAAUAGAUGGGACACAACCAAAUUACAUGCCAACACAUUAAUAUAACAAUCUAUUUAUACCGAAUACAUUAUUCAAAAUGUAUUCCAAGGCAUUUAUAAGAGACAUUUAAAAUGACAAAACGUGACUUAUUUCUAUUUUAUUUUUCUGUUUUUAUUGUAUAUUUAUGAGUAGAUAAAAGUAAAUUUUAUGUGUAAAA